AUGGAUGGGGCAGCUUAUGUUAAUAUGUUGUGGCCGAUUGGUGCGAAGGAGUUCAUCACGCAGGAGCUGGAGGAUUUGAAGAUGAUGGAAGACAAUAGGCCAUUUACCGCGUUAAGAUUCCAAGGCAAAGUGUAUUACAUCACUUAUCCAAACCUUUCACUGUAUUGUUCAGAACAGGAAACCACGUCCCCUGGUAGUAGUAAGAAAGUUGAGGUUAGGGAGAUCAUGAACGAUGAAACAAUGGACACAUUUCUUUUUAAUGUACGUCCUUGUUUUCUGAUUGAAUGCCGUGGACAGCUCUGGUACCUGGAUCAAAUUGAACAUGAUAUCGGGGAGAUAAUGUUUCAAAUACUUCGAGCAAAUUUGGAGGAAAAGGCGUGGGAAGAGGUGAACGACAUCGGUGAUGAUUAUGCAAUAUUUGUUGAUGAUUUUGGAGCUUUUGCUGCUUCGGUUGUUGGAUCCGGGCUUAAAGGGAACUGCGUCUACUAUACAUAUGAUGACGGUUCAUUGAACGUUUAUUCCCUGGAAGAAGGUGAUGAGAGUUUUGAACUCUUCGAUCCGUUGCCUUUCCACACAUCAACAUAUGAGCUGCGCUGGCUUCUCAUUUCCAACACCACCAACUCCAACUAA